GUCCAUCAAUCUACUUUAUAUUUAGUAGAUGACGAAUUAAAACGGGUUUAACGCACUUAAAUUUGAACAGUCUCAAAAUAGAGUAGUUUCAUAAAACACCAACUUUUAGUCCGAUACAAUAAGUUGAGACUUAUUACUCCAUUAAAAAUGCAUCCCCAACACUUAAUCCCCUCCUUCCUGAUCUCCCUCCUCCUUCUGAAUAUCCCCCCAAUUUUCGCCGAAGAAAUUACCCCCGCUGACCAUGAACCCCACGACGACGCCAAGGAUACAGUUUCCGUUCGUCUCAUCUCUCCAAACAGCACAACUUCGAUUAAAGUGUCGCCAGAAUUUGUCCAAUUUCUUCACCAAGACGCACAAUCCUUGCUAAAAGGAUUGAAAGGGGCUGGUUGCACGCGUCGCUGUGAAGACACGCUUUAUUACAUUCGACGAUUGCAGCGAGAAAACGAGUAUCGCUCUCUCUACCAACUCUACUACUUUCUCAGCGUGACGAGAAACUGUUUCUGCUACGAUUAUGAAUUCCUAGAUUCCGAUGUAGGAACCAGUACCAACUUUGAGUGGAACGUGGACACCGCUUAUCACCACCGAGAGAAGAACAAUAACCUUACUCGGAACAAUAAUCACGGGAAUGGUGGAUGGAGUAGUGGUGGGGGUGGGGGUGGGGGUAAUGAUAACUAUUAUGAUAAUAAUAACCGCUGUACAUGGGAAAACCUGCUUUACUGGUUGAUCAAGCUUAUCGGGGCUGGAAUUUCUGACUUGAGAAGGGUUGAUCUUCGAGAUGUUUGCAUCGACAGUAUUUGUCAUCGUUAUUAGUUAACUUUCACCACAAUUUUAUCAUUCAUCAUGAUAAUAAUAAAUGAAUAAACGAUAAGUUUUUAUGGAAAUCCUA